UCUCUCUCCUUUUUUCUGUUCUUUCCUUUUUCACUCACUGGAGUUACAGUCACCCCCCACACACACAUUAACACACACACCUUCCAGAUCUAAGACAGAUAUGUAUUCUCCGCUAUGUCUGACACAGGAUGAAUUCCAUCCUUUCAUCGAAGCCCUGCUGCCCCACGUCCGGGCCUUCGCCUACACCUGGUUCAACCUGCAGGCCCGUAAGAGGAAGUACUUCAAGAAGCACGAGAAGCGCAUGUCCAAGGAGGAGGAGCGUGCCGUGAAGGACGAGCUGCUCAGCGAGAAGCCCGAGGUCAAACAGAAGUGGGCGUCGCGCCUCCUCGCCAAGCUGCGCAAGGACAUCCGGCCCGAGUUCAGGGAGGACUUCGUGCUGACGGUGACGGGGAAGAAGGCGCCGUGCUGCGUGCUGUCCAACCCCGACCAGAAGGGCAAGAUGAGGAGGAUCGACUGCCUGCGCCAGGCGGACAAAGUGUGGAGGCUGGACCUGGUCAUGGUGAUUUUAUUCAAAGGGAUUCCCCUCGAAAGUACUGACGGGGAGAGGCUGGUAAAGUCUCCUCAGUGUUCGAACCCCUCGCUGUGCGUGCAGCCGCACCACAUCGGAGUUUCAGUCAAGGAGCUGGAUCUGUACCUGGCCUACUUCGUGCACGCAGAAGCCGGCCAAUCAGAAAGCCCCAACCAGGCCAGCGAAUCAGAAAUCAAGGAGCAGCCAGAGAACGGUCACCUGGGUUUCCAGGACAGUUUCGUGACACCAGGCGUCUUCACGGUGGCUGAGUUAGUACGAGUCUCGCAGACACCGAUUGCAGCCGGCACCGGUCCAAACUUCUCGCUGGCCGACCUGGACAGCUCCUCCUACUACAGCAUGAGUCCAGGAGCCAUGAGGAGACCACUUCCUAGCACCUCCUCCUCCAGCUCUGCCAAGAGGAUAAAGUGCAUGGAGGAGGACGUGGACAGUCCUGGCGAGGAGUCCUACUACCCGAGUCAGGGUCGAUCUCCGGGCAGUGGCAGCCAGGCCAGCAGCUGGCACGACGUGGAGCCAGCUGGAUAUAAGCUGCGCGGCUCUCUAGCUAGCUCAUUCAUCUCCCGACAAGCAAGCCCCCACGCUCCCCCCUCCAGCCUCCACUUCUCCUCCUCCCCCAUCCUGCAGCAGCCCGGCUCUUACUUCUCCCACCCGGCCAUCAGAUAUCACCCGCAGGAGACGCUCAAGGAGUUCGUCCAGCUGGUCUGUCCUGACUCCGCCCAGCAGGCCGGACAGGUGGGCUUCCUCAACCCCAACGGUAGCUCCCAGGGGAAGGUCCACAACCCUUUUCUGCCGACGCCCAUGCUGCCUCCCCCUCCGCCUCCCCCGAUGGCACGUCCCGUCCCACUGCCCGUCGACGCCAAGCCGCCCUCCACCUCCUCCACUGAGGGGGGAGGAAACUCGCCCACCUCGCCCACCUACUCCACCUCCACUUCAUCUCCAGCCCAGAGGUUCGUCAGCGUCGGACCGAGAGACCCCGGCUUUAACAUCCCUCAGCAACCACAGUGGUACCUGGGAUAAGGACUCCAGAGGCCCCUCCCCGACAGAUCGCUGCAGCCUCCUCCUUUGACCUUUGAUGCCAGCUGCGAUGGAGAGUCUUUUCCUGCCCCGCCCCUUCAUCCCUUCUCCUCCUCUUCCCUUCUGCGCCUGACUCCGCCCCCACCAGCGCCAUACACAGACUCAGCAGCAUCAGCAUGGCUACAGCGGACCGCCCUGACCCCGGCGUUAAAACAGCCCCUCUGUAAACUCCACAUCAUAGACUUCCCUGUUGACAUGUGGAGCAUAUGUCUACAUCCAUAUAUAGUGCCAGACCCCGACCCCAGACCCGGUCCUAUACCACAUCAGGAUGAGAACCCUGUGGGAAGGGUCCAGCUUCAAGACUGAAUCACAGAGCUUCCCCUCUGGAGAGACUUACUUUCCCAUGAUCCUUUGCAGUUGGAGCAUGAAAUGGACUGGUACAAUGCCACCCCUCUGCCACUGCCAUCCAACCCCCUCCCCCCGUCCAGGUGGAUCUCGAUGGCGUGGGGUUGGCGAUUGGUGGGAAAGGAUUGGACGCACCUUCGUUUGGGGAGAGGGCAGGGUCACCAGGCUCAGAUACCACCAGCUAACCUCUCCGAUCCCCUACCUGAGCCUUCAGUCACCUCCAGGGACGGACUCUGCCUCUUCUGGACCGGGUUGGUGGCAGGUCAUAGAGGGAGGAAGUUGGCACGCCUCUUUCCAAGGACAUGGACUAGUGCCUAACGGAAAGAGCCGAUAUGUGGGGAGGUGGUUCCACAACCGCCCCUCUACGUGAACUCUACAUGGAUGGGUGGGGGUCAGGGUUUUAAAGCAGGGGUUUGUUGAUGUGAAGUGUUGCUGAUGGAUCCGAGCUCGUUUAUCUGGGAGGCUUUGGCUUCAUGGCUCAUUGAUUUUUUCUCUCUUAGCAGUCAUUUCAGCUGGUCCCCUCCUCUUCCUCCUCCUCCUCACAUCCACCAGUCUGGGUGAAGCUACAGCAUGCUGAGGGUGGGCAGAAAGCUCUGGCGUCUGAACGCAGCAGGCAGGCAGGCGGGCGGGCGGGCAGGAGAGAGACGAGUGACUAAAAUUUAACCAGUGGAAUAUUGAUCUUGAGGAAAGUGCAAUUUUGUUGGCUAGCUGUUGGAUAGUUAAAUAUCUUUGUAAGAUAGCUCGUUGAAUCAGUUGUUGAAAAGUAUAUAUAAAAUAUAUUUUUCUUCCUAGUCCGCUCACACCUCUGGGACUCUAAAAUAUUGGGGUACAAAAGACGACGACACAGCAUUGAUCUAGAAACCAUAGCCUUGUGAGAAAUAAGGGGAGCUGUUUUCACAUUAUUGUUUAUUAUUUGUUGUUUGUUCAUCUUGUAAAGCUGUUAGCAUGGUAGAACAAGAAUCCCUUUAAGAAAUAUCAUUUAAACAAUCAAUUUUUAAGACAGUUUAAGUCUGCUUCAUUAUGUUUAGAAAGAAAAAGUUAUUUUAAUGAGCACAUCGUUUGACUUCAAUUUCUCAUGAGGUGAAAUCAGGAGAAAAAUAACGAGUGAAUUUAAAAGUUGAUAAUCUCUAAAGGGUGCUGCCCUAGUAACGGGCUUCCCUUUUCCUGAUAGGCCGGGUCUCCUAGAGGUCCUGACCAAUCAGAAGCACUUAUUCCUGCAGUUGGCCAAUGGGCCUGGAGCGUGUAAUCAGGGGGUUAGGGUUCAGAGGCAGAGCAGAGGGUAACUCUCUGGAAGCUUUCGUCCACAGACAGCCGAGCGCUUCACAUGCAACUUACCAUUUUAUGAACUUGAGUUUUGUUUUUCCUUUCCUAUACUAUAUAUAUAAAUAUAUAUACACACACACGCACACACACACACUCAUACACAAACACUUACGACCAUCCAGCGUCGAACUAAAGUGAAUUUAAGUGAAAAAGAUACAAAAAAAGAACAAAAAAAUCUGCAUGUUCUAGUGUUAGUGACAAAUUUUUGCCAUAGAUGAUGUAGUUAGUGAGAUAAAGACACUAUAUUGUAAACCCAACAUCAGGCACUUGCCAGCAGCCGUCUAUUAGUUUGGCCCCGUCGAGGCCCUUUUCUAUCGCUCUCCUUCACAAACAACCAGCUCUCUUCGCUUCUCCAGACGCUCCAUUAUUUUAAUUUCCACUUCCUUCCUUCCCUUCCUCCUUUUUACUUCAGCAACAGAUCAAUCCUGCUCCUCAGCUCUGAGACAUCCUCCUUCAUCCGUAUCAGAUUGCACGAAAACAAUUGUUCCUCAUCAAUGUGCCUUGAGCUACGGUCCAGUCCCGAGAGGUUGCACAAGAUCCAGCGUGGAGAAUCUUGUCUUAUCGUUUCUUGCUUCUUUUUUUUUUUUUUUUUCUGUUAUAAUUUUACGCCGCCCUCCACACCUGAGGUUUUGUGGUCAGCUGGAGCAAUCAAGCAAAAGAGGAACGCUGCGAUUACCAGUUUAAGUGGCUGGGAAUCUCUCAGUUUAAGAGGUCUCAGGUCUACCCGGCCCCCCCUACCUGCAGCGCUGAGACCUCAUGGGUGAAUUCAUCAUCACCUACGAUCAGGUCAAUCAUCUUCAGAUCUCUGGGAACAGUCGGCAACAUCAGGAAGUUUGGUGAAAUGAGCAAAAGUAAGCAAUAUUCAAAAUCAAUGGUGUUAGUCACUUUUAGGUUUGGCACUGAGACUUUAGUUGUUUAAUAAAGGUCAGAUAAAAAUCCUUCCAGCUGUCAAAAUGCAGAAACUAACAGUCUAGUAUAACAGCUAAUGCUGGUUUAAGGCAAAAGCAUUAAUAAGAACAUAUUAUUUUAUUAUUAGAAUAAUAACCACUUUAUACUCUCUGUAACUUUGACAGUUAAAAAGCCUCCACAGCAGCAGAAGAUUUCAGCUGGUUUAGCUUUGAGAGAGCGGUUAACCUACAGAGGCUGAUGAGGCCAUUUUUCAGCGUUUUUGUUCAUUUUUUUGUUUUCUUCUUUUAUUUUAUUUUGACUGUGUUAAUGUUAAUAACAUACAUUUGGACAGUAAGUUUCUUUUACAAUAGAAUUUUUAAAUUUUAAUAUCAGAUGGGUCAAUAAUAGGAACUGUAGACUUUUUCUACCCACUGAGGCUGUUGGUGACCAAAAUUGUCCCAAUAAAACACAGUUUUUGGUCCUUCAGCCAUCACAGUUACAAAAAUAAUUUAAUAAUAUUAGACUUUCAAUCUUGCUUUAAAUGCAGUUUUUUACUGUUGGUCAUGUAAUGUGGGCUAUUUUACCAUAUUUUAAAUGAGGGAAAACUACAUGAUUAUUAUUUUUCUGGUUUCCUGUUGGGGCACUACUAUAACAAAAUAUUAAAAUCUUAAAAUUUAGAAAAGUCAUGAUGCAUAAAAAUCAAAGUUAUUGCACAUUAUUAACAUUUUCAAGGCUGUGAUAAUCCCCUUCAAAGAAAAAUAUUGUAUUUUUUGUGGGUUUUUUAACCAUACAAACAUCAGGGGGUUUUGCACUCAAACUGGCAUUUAAAGGGUUAAAUUCCUAGAGAUUAAUAACUACUUGGAAUUAAUGACCAGGUCUGAUCUUGAUCAAAAACAUUCAUUCAGAAAGUAGAUUUUUUUAUCAUGUAUAUUAUUUUUAUUGCUUUUAUUUAUGGUAUCUAUUUUUAGCUCCUUACACCCUGAGAGUAACCGUUUAUGAAAAUCUUAAAUCCUACUCAUUAUCAACAUAUUAAAGGCUGUGAUAAUCCACUUUAAGCAAAUCUGAUUUGCAUGUUGAAAAUGAAAAAUUUUUUUGUUGUUGUUUUUCUUUUUUUACAUUACAGAAAUGUUUUAUUUGCACUUAAACGGACACUGAAAGGGUCAAAUUCAUGAAAAUGAAUCAAAAUAUGUUAUUUAAUUUAUGAUCAGGUCUGGUCUAUAUUUAAAAAAUAAGGGUAAAAGUGGAAAAACUGGUUUACCUCAAGACGUUUGCCUGAGUGUAACACUUUAUGAAAAUCUUAAAAACAAUAAUGAUAAUUUAUAACAAUCAAAUAUUGUUGAUUAUUAACAUAUCAAAAGCUGUGAUAAUACUCUUUAAGGAAAUCCAAUUUGCAUGUAGUUUAUGAAAAAAAAAAUCUAAUUUUUGUGUUUUUUUUAAAUUACAAAUAUCAGAUUUUUUGCACUUAAACUGGC